AUGUCAACGUUAGCCAAUUCGUUUUCCCGCAAUGCCCAGGGCACUGCUAUCAUCAUUCCCGGCAAGCCGUCGGCCUUGACUGUGACAUACAAGCAGCUACACGCCGAUAUCCUUUCUUUUCAGACGAAACUUGCCAAAUUGGGAAUUAAGCCUGGUGCAGCAGUUUCUAUUGCACUCCCAAACUCCUACGAAUUCAUAGUCUCGUUUCUUGCAGCUUCGUGGCAGCGAGCCAUCGCAGCGCCGCUCAACCCAGCGUACAAACAGGACGAAUUUGAAUUCUACAUCGAUGAUCUUAGCUCAGCCCUGGCACUUGUCCCAAAAGGCUCUUAUGAUCAGGAAGGGCCAGCUGUCAGAGCCGCAAGGAAAUACAAAGCUGCCAUUGCGGAGUGCUAUUGGAAUGGUACCGAGGUUGUUCUCGACGUUAGGGAAAAUGGAAAAUUACUAGGAAAAGGAAACCAGCCCAUUGGAACUGCACAGCCUGAUGAUGUUGCGCUUGUUCUACACACCAGUGGAACGACCGGAAGACCGAAAGCUGUCCCUCUCACUCAUAAAAACUUGACAAGAACAAUGAAAAAUAUCCAAGCUACCUACUCCUUGACGGAGAGGGACCGAACCAUGCUUGUGAUGCCGCUUUUCCACGUCCACGGCCUUCUAGCGGCUUUUCUUGCGCCAUUGGCAUCCGGUGGCUCUGCUGUAGUACCUUUAAAAUUCUCUGCGUCCGAGUUCUGGCAUGAUUUCACCACACACCGUGCCAAUUGGUAUACUGCAGUUCCAACAAUACAUCAGAUACUACUCAAGAACCCCAUACCGUCUCCUGUCCCAAAUAUUCGCUUCAUUCGUUCGUGCUCGUCUCCUCUGGCACCAAAGACGUUCCAUGAUUUGGAAAAAGCUCUUCAAGCUCCUGUCCUAGAAGCCUACGCUAUGACGGAAGCAGCUCACCAGAUGACCAGCAAUCCACUCCCACCUGGCAAGCGUGUACCUGGCAGUGUUGGGCUUGGACAAGGCGUCGAUGUUAGAAUCCUUGAUUCAGCAGGUAACGAAGUUCCACAGGGCUCUGAGGGCGAGAUAUGCAUCCGCGGCGAAAAUGUUACUAAAGGCUACCUUAACAAUCCCGCUGCAAACAAGUCGUCUUUCACCAAGGGUGGGUUCUUCCGAACCGGUGACCAGGGAAAGAAAGAUAAAGACGGCUAUGUGUAUAUUACAGGCCGCAUUAAGGAGCUUAUCAACAAAGGUGGAGAGAAGAUUAGUCCUAUCGAGCUAGAUAACAUCAUCACCCAGAAUCCCCAUGUAGGAGAAGCGGUAUCAUUCGCUAUUCCGGAUCAAAUAUAUGGAGAAGAUAUUGGCGUGGCCGUUGUCAUUAAGAAGAAGGGAAGUAUCUCUGAAGAUCAACUGAGAACCGAGAUUGCGCAAAAGGUUGCGAAGUUCAAGGUGCCAAAGAAGAUUUGGAUUCUUCCCGAAAUACCCAAAACUGCAACAGGUAAAGUCCAGCGCCGCAAAGUUGCAGAGGCAAUGCUCAAGAAAGACUCUUCCUCCCCUAAACUCUGA